GAAACACCAGAAGAUCAAGGUCACUUUCUACCGGCAGGCGCAGGUCCCGAUCGCGUAAUAGAAACGAAUCAGACGACAGAACCUUAGAUUUGCACGAAUUAUCGGUAAAGGAAGCAAUGACUGAAGUCAGAGUAUUUUUAGGAGAAAAGCUAAAAGAAUACAAAGAAAAUAAUAGAUCAGAAGAAUACAGACACGUCGAUGUUAUCACAGGAAGAGGUUUACAUAGUAAAGAUAACAUCCCAAAGAUUAAGCCAGCAGUUGAGGAGUAUUUGGAUAAACACAAAUACCAGUAUACUUGGAAAGCAAAAGGUGGUAGAGUUGGCAUCGAUCUUGCCAGUUAUGUAACAACACAAGAGGAGAAUUAUGACUACGAUGAUUGAUAAAGUUUGUUUUCUCUAGGAAAUGAUCGAUUGAAUAACAUGUAAACACUAAAGGUAGUCUAUUAUAAUUGAUCUCCAUUUAAUGCACCUUGUUUAGACAAUGUGUUAAAGCGAUUACUUAAUAAAGAAAGUAAGAUUCAUUUUAAAAUCUGAGUUUUAAGAAAAUUGUUUUUUCUUAUUAUUUUCUAGACAGCAAAGAAAAUAUGAGUGUGUAGGCCUACACUUUUUAUAUAGCAAAUACAAAUUAAUUAAAAAUUUGUGCAGAGUAAUAUAUAAUAUUAAUUAUUUUCUGUUUACUUUUGUUUAGAUAUGUAUUGUUUAUCAUAUAUUUCAAAUUUAAACUGAUUAUGAAGGACUAUUUGGUAAUAUAUAAUGUUAACAUGUUUUCGGGCAUUUGUCGCAUUCGGGCAAGUGUCUAUUCGGGCAUUUGUCGCA